AUGGGAAGCUAUCGCAGGGGAAAGAUGGAUUGUGGGGACAUUGAUGUGUUAUUAACGCGUUCGACCAAGGAUGGUAAAACUCAUGCAGGCAUCCUACCUCGGCUUCUAAAGGCUCUUCGCGGGGCUGGCAUAAUUGUUGAAGAUCUUGCUCUUCCAGAAGACUCGGAUGGUCUUGAAGCUACAUAUCGAGGGCUUUGUUGUCUACCCGACGUGAAGGGGUCAAAAUAUCGCCGUAUAGAUUUCUUGACGGUACCAUGGCAAUCAAGGGGAGCUGCGUUAUUGUACUAUACGGGAGAUGAUAUCUUUAAUCGUGCAAUGCGUCUGAAGGCCAAUGCUUUAGGGUACUCACUGAACCAAAGAGGUUUAUUCGGCAACGUAAUUCGUGAUCCUCACGACCGUCGCAUCAAAAUGAAUGCUGGCAAGUUGGUUGCUUCUGAGACUGAGGAAGAGAUAUUCGAUAUUUUGGGAGUACCCUGGCAAGAGCCUCUUGAAAGAGUGAGAGAAUGA